AAGAACAUAUAUAAAUCCUGUGAUUGGUGAAAAUAUGUAUUAUUUAAAUCAUAAUAACUGGAAAGCUGAACAAUUCAACAUCCGCAUGAGCCAAGGCAGAUGAAGUCAACAAGCGGCAACAAACUAACGGAAAAGGCAAAACACUUAGAAUAAGAACAACUUGUUACCAGAGCCACAGGCGGCAAAAUACUUUCCAAAAUGCUAGCGAAAAUAGCUAAAAUGUGCAUUUUAACAUUUGUAAUUGCCUGCACAGUUUGCGGCACGGCGGCACAAACGGGCGAGGCUGCAACAGCAGCGCCAAUAACAUCAGCAACUUUUACCAUAACAAAUGACUCGCACAGCAGCCACGCCCACAGAGUGGUCAGUGCCCCCGGCGUAGGCGAAACGAAAACUUUAUCGGAAAUACAAAUUGGGCCUGUGGGCGUGCUCACCACCUCUGCCUCGACCACGCCCAUAGCAACAGCUACAGCAGCCCCGGCCAUUCCAAGCGGAAAUGAAGCAGGCAAGAUUGCCGCAGCAACAACAGCACAAGAGUAUGCAAUCCCAACUGGACCAACAGGAGCAGCAACAACGGAAGCAGCAGCCACAACGGCGGAUAAGCUAAUGACGACAAACGUGCCGCCACUCGCAUCGCUGAGCGGCGUUUUUGACAGGCUUUACCGCAUUAGGCUAAGCGAGCCAGCGGCAGAGAUGGAGCAGCAGCAGCAGCAGCAGCAGGAGGAGGAGGAGGACACCGGGGACUCUUCAGCUCUGCCAAUACAUAUACAAAUGCAGGCGGCAGAAUCGUAUCAGGUGGCCGAGACUCUCGCCGAUCUCAAUGAGGAUGAGCGGGCACGCUAUGGGGCGCUGUUGGCCCAGCAGCCGCCAAUGGGGGCGAGCAAGCUGAAUAUUGUGGAUCUGUAUCCGGUGCAGCUGGAGGACUUUCAGCCGAUGAUACGGAGCGAUAAUGCCGACGAGUACGGGCAGAAUCUAAUGCCCAACGAGGUGGAGGAAGACAAACCAAGUAUCAAUCCGGCAACGACCCCGUUGACAACAGCGCCUGGCGUGGAGUCCACGCCUAGUUAUUUUACCGGCAAAUUGUUGGCCGAGCAGGAUGAGUUGAUAACGGAAAUCGAGCGCAAGUUUCAGUUGCACGAAACAACAACCGCAGCAUCUGCGACUGCUGCCACGGCUCCUUCGAGAAGGAGCCAGGCGAAUGGUCUGCCACAGCUGGCGCCGGGCGACAGCUACAUUGAUCGGCGUGUGAAGAAAAGCUUCGAGUUUCCGAUGCAGCAACGGGCCAGCGAUGUAAUGGCCAUGCCACACGUCGACUUCGCCAACACCAAGUUCAAUACUGAUGCGGUGGCAUCUGCAGCAGUGGCGGCAGCCGUUGCCUCGCAUCCCGAGUUCUCCACCACAAAGUUCUACAACAGCAAAGAGUUGUACAACGAAAUGUUGUUGCAUAAUAAACGAAAGUUAAUGAAAGAAAUUGGCACUGCGCUAGGAACAAGUGCACCCACUGGUAGCAGCAUUAUAAAGUCAUCAGAGGGCCCAGCAUUGACUGAGAGUCUUGGGCAAAGUUCAGAGCAGCAGCCACGUCAAGUCAUUAGAGCAAGCGAAACCACAAACUUGGCGGCAAGAAGCUCGACGGAGUCGUCCUCGCCACCUACCACGUCCUUGCCGCCGAGACGCGUGACUUUGACGUCUACGGCACAAAGUUUUGACGGCGCCUCGGCAGCAAAAACAACGAGUAAAUGGUCUACUGUGAAACCCAUAAAAUAUGGGCACGAGCUUAAGCGCGCUAAAUUAUUGCUGAAGGAUGCCGCCGACCCGCAGUCGGAAAAGCUGGAAGUGGUCUCAGCCAAAAUCAAAAUAACAACGUCUGCCUCAAAGCAGAGUCCAGACGUGGAGGGAUCACGUCAUUUAGCUAAUCUCACUAAAUCGGAACUAAAGCCAAUUGCUCCACCGCGGAUUUUAAGUCGCCUCCAGGAGAAAAUCAAUUCGCUUGAAUGUGACAUACAAAAUGUGCCGCAGGAUUCGCAUCUGUGGCGUGGCAACGAAACGCACGAGCUCCUCCUUCCAAAUGUGAUCCCGGAACAAUGCCAACCCGGCGAGCCUUGUACUCCUAAUAUGUACACGUGGGAAGGCGAGGCAGACAUCCAGUCCGGUGAUAUUUUAAUUGUCGAAAUCAACGAUGCCAAGUUGAGAACAGCAAAUGUGCCAAACAACACAGCCAGCCAAAGCGCUGCGCAUGCUGCACAGGUCUACCAGGUAACACGUUCCGGGCACGAGCAUUGCGAUGUAACCGAAGGUGUGCUCCUGGAUAUUACGCCUCUGGUGGUCGAUGGAAGGAAGCUGGUUACGUUGUAUGAUAAGGACCUCACUGAGGGAGUUAACUUGUUAAUUGUGGUGUCCGAGCUGUGGGGAGCGCAAUGUGUGCGCCUAAAGGUGACCACAAAAACCGACAAUUGCGGCGACAGCGCCGAUUGCUCCGGCAAGGGCGUGUGCUACUCGAACGGGGUCAUGGAGGAGUACGAGUGUCAGUGCUGCAGCGGUUUUGCAGGUCCCCAUUGCGAGGAAAUUGAUGCCUGCAAUCCCAGUCCGUGCACCAACAAUGGCAUUUGCGUGGAUCUCUCCCAGGGCCACGAGGGCAACUCGUAUCAGUGCUUGUGUCCAUACGGCUAUGCGGGCAAAAACUGUCAAUACGAAUCGGAUCUCUGCAAUCCGGCUGAGUGCAUGAAUGGCGGCAGCUGCCUGGGAAACUCGACGCACUUUCGCUGUGACUGCUCUCCCGGAUACACGGGUCAACUCUGCCAACACAGCCUAAACGAAUGCGAAUCCUCGCCCUGUGUGCAUGGCAUUUGUGUAGAUCAAGAGGAUGGUUUUCGCUGCUUCUGCCAGCCAGGCUUUGCUGGCGAGCUGUGCAACUUUGAAUAUAAUGAAUGUGAAUCGAAUCCGUGCCAAAACAGCGGCGAAUGUAUCGAUCACAUCGGCAGCUUUGAGUGUCGCUGUACGAAAGGUUAUUCAGGCAACCGUUGCCAAAUAAAGGUUGAUUUCUGCGCCAAUAAGCCGUGCCCCGAAGGACAUCGUUGUAUUGAUCAUGGAAAUGAUUUCAGCUGUGAAUGCCCAGGAGGUCGCAACGGACCGGAUUGUAAUCAAAUGCCACGAACGUACUUUCAGCAGUGCAGCGCGAAUCCGUGCACCCAUGGCGGCACCUGCUGGUCCAGCGGGGACAGCUUUUACUGUGCCUGCCGACCUGGCUACACGGGCAAAAUGUGCGAAGAUGAGUUUGUGGUCGAGACCGUCGUCAGCUCGAGUGAAUUUAUUGUCGACGAUGCGAGCGCCAGAAAUUUUAAUGACAAAACUUUUGGUUCAUCGGUUGUGCUUAAGAGUCCCAUUGAAUUGCAUAAUGCAUAUUUUGCGGCCGGGGUUCUGGCGGCCGCCAUUUUCAUCGUUGCCGUUGUGGUCACAAUAUGCCACUGCAAUGUCAAUCAAACGUAUCGCAAGUUCUCCACGCGUUCCACUUCAUUUAUUCCUAUUUUGGGCUUUAGUCGACGACCCAAGAUGCAAGGAGCACUCAACAAACAUUGGCUAAGUGGCAAAGUUCUCAAUGAUCCCACUGCAGCAGCACAGCGUGACCUAACCUCUGCGGCAGCCGGCAAUCCGGCACAGUCAACGCGUCAUUUGUCCUCCAGGCCAAAUAGCAGCAGCCUCCACACCCAGACCACGCUGGGUGGACAACUGCACGAGCGGCCAUUCCAGCGGCAUCUGGCCAUGAAUAUGGAGAACGACAUGUAUUACACGGUGGACUUCAGUGAGAACUCGCAGCACUUGCCGCUAAUACAGUGAGACUUAGUUGUUGCAGCUGGAACAGGAGCUUUAGCAGAAGCUCGAACCGGAGCUAAGGAGGAUGGCUGGUUAGUUAAAUUCACGAAGAAGCCCCCAACACAUGGGUAGAGUAAGAACGCAUUCGUGCUGAAAACUUCAUUGUGCUACUCUUGCAGUGCCAGUGCUGACAAUAUGGACAGUACUGAAAUUAUUAAAGAAAUAGUAAAUAAAAACUAAAAUUAAAUAAAGUUGACAACAAAUUAACCAUUUGAUUAAAACAAAUACAAUACAUACUACACAUGCCGUACUCAAUAGGCUUAACAGCUUGUGUACUUUCAAAGUUUAUUUAAGUCGGGCAAAUACACACUUCACAGUUUCUAGUUUACAAUAACUGGUCUUUGGUUUGAACUGAUUGUGAAUUAUACAGUAAAGGAGUUACAAUUCGCUUCACAGCAAUGGACUUUCAAACAGCUUGCAGUAAAUAAAUAUUUCGAAAAAAUAUUCAACAUAUUCAAGUUUCUUGUGGAUUUUUCUUUUGUAUUACACUUACCCGUAGAAUUGCUCGACAUAUUUUGUAGUAUAAUCAAAAGAAAAACUCUUCUCAUUAAACUAACUUCAAUGAGAAGCCCACAAUGCGAGAGAAUGUGUUUGCGUUGCGGUAAUUCAGUGGCCAAAAAUUAUAAUUAAAUUAAUUUAACCGCAAUAAUAAAUUGUCUUGUUAAAAAUUAAUUUGUGGCUAGAGAUUAUUGUCGCUAUAUUUGUGGCACAUGAAACGCAAAAUGUAUAUUUAACGGGUUGGCCAUCGAGGUAAUCAUAAGCUGUUAUUAAACAUUAAUUAUCAUAAACUAAUAUUUGCCAUCAAGGCUAAUAUGUUUAUUGUUUGCGGUUUAUAUAUGUGUAUUUAAAACUAUUUUGCACAAUGAGCAGGAUUAUAUAUUUCUGCGGCUGCAUUGGGCAUGUUGAUAUGGACGUGCAAAUUUUAAAAUUGAACGACGAGCACUGAAAACUGAACAUAACAAAUAGAUUCAGAAGCAAAAACAAAUAAUAAAACUAAAAUACUGAGAAAAAAAAGUAAUUAUAAAUCAAAGAUAACCAUUGAAGCAUUGCCCAACUCUCAGAUACGCUGUAUUCGUAUUUCAUUGUGCCAUCAUUCAGAUAGCGAAUAUAUAUAUAUAUUCUAAAGUCGGAGAUGCCUGCUCGAUUGUAGGGUAUCACCUUGUAAUUGUCACUAAAGUUAGUCGGAUAACAACUAGUUGGGCACUGGUCAUAAUCAACUUAGGCUUUUUCCCUUUGCGAUCACAGUAUAUUAACAAUUAUUAUAAAUAAAACUAUGUUUGUAAUGAAAAUGCAGUAAAUAAACAAAAUAAUAAUA